AUGAAGAAUUUCUGUCAAUUACAACAUAAAUUGACAGUUAUAAUUUAUUUCAUUUUAUUAAUAAUCAAUGCAAUCACAUUUCAUCUUAAUCCUCCGGUACUUGAUAGUUGUACCGCUGGUUGCUUGUUACCAAUUGAAAAUAGCACCAUAUGGCUACCGUACAAUUAUCCACCAUGUAUUCAUCCUGGUCAACCAAUGCUACGUUGGUCUAAUUCAGUAACAUGCAAUAGACCAAAUUUUCUAACUUCACCAAGUGCUUCCCUAGAUUCCUUAUCCGGUAUACUAUUUGCUGAAGAACGUGUAUGCUUUUACGUAAAACCAUGGCAUGUGGUAUAUUCAUAUGAUUGUUCUGGUAAUAAUAUAUCCCGAAAAAGUGCCGUUUUUCUCGAUCAUAAAAAAUACGCUAGAAAAAGACGUCCAAAGCGAUGGAUGCGAAGAAGAAAUCCAACAGUACCACGGAUACACUUUCAACAAGAGCGAUACAUUACUGAAAUUCCGGAAGAUACACCAGUUAAUUCACUAAUUAUUAAAUUACAUGCCACUCAUAUCACUAAUGAAUCAAUGUAUUAUGCUAUGGUAGCACCAGAAGACUCUCGUUCAGCUAAUAUUUUUACCUUAGAUACAGUUUCCGGCGAAAUAAGAAUUGGAAAGGCGUUAGAUCGAGAAACAUUGGAUCGUCAUGUGUUGAAAGUAACAGCUUAUGAACGUCUCGAUCCGGCUGUAUCAGCAAGCAGUUCGGUAAUUGUGGAAAUUCUGGAUGUCCAAGAUAAUGCACCAAUUUUCGAACGCAAUUCCUAUUAUGCUGAAAUACGAGAGGAUGCACCAAUUGGAACAACAUUAGCAUCAGUUUUUGCACGUGAUCUAGAUAUCGGUUUGAACGGUGAAAUUACUUAUUCGCUUGGUGAGGAAGAUGGCGCUAAAUUACUUCAAAUUCAUAAUUCAACAGGAGUUAUUCAAACAGCGCAUUAUCUGGAUCGAGAAUUGAUAAAUAUUAUUCGAAUACAUGUAUAUGCAACCGAUAAAGGAGUACCACCGAUGACAUCAAGAGCUCUUCUGGAGAUUAAUCUUCUUGACGUCAAUGAUAAUGCACCUGUUUUUGAACAGAAACUUUGCAAUACCACAAUAAUGGAAAAUAUCACCAUACCAUCUAAUAUUUUACAAAUUAAAGCAUCAGAUAGCGAUUCUGGACAAAACGGAAAAGUACAUUAUAGCAUUGUGGCAUCUAGCGUCAAUGGAUUUUCCAUAGACUAUGAAAGUGGUUGGAUUAAAUUGCAUCAAAAAUUAGAUUCACGAUUCAAUCCUGCAACACUUUUAGUGCGAGCCAAAGAUUCAGGCCAACCUGCUCAAUCUUCAACAAUUAAUUGUGCUAUAAACAUCGUUGAUAUUAAUGAUCAUAAACCACAUUUUGUUGCAUCACAGCAAGAGUUAUUUGUGGAAGAAAAUGUACCAAUUGGAUUUGAAAUAACAAGAAUUUUUGCUAUUGAUGAAGAUAAUGAUAUUAAUGGCCGAAUUACAUAUAAAUUAGAUGGAGAAGAUAGUGCCAAUGAAACAUUUCGAAUUGAUCAAACGACGGGAAUUAUUACAACUAUAAAUAAACUUGAUCGAGAGGAAAAGGAGAAAUAUAUAUUUAAGGUAAAAGCAGAAGAUGGUGGAGAACCGCCACUAUCUGAUAGUUUAUUGAUAACAAUAAUAGUUCGUGAUAUCAAUGAUAAUGCACCACAUUUUGAGCCUAAUUUUUAUAAUAUUACGAUACCAGAAAACGAAGUACGUGGAACGUCAUUAAUUGCUGUAAAAGCUAUCGACCAUGAUAAUGAUGAUAAAAUAGUAUAUCGCAUUGAGAGAGCCGACAAAGACAUUUUUUCACUUGUUCACUCAGCUGAUCAGGGAGCUAUAUUAUCGUUGUCAGGAGAAAUUGAUCGUAUGGAUGAUACGUUACGUGUGUUGAUAAUAGCAACUGAUAAGGGUGGUUUAACAGGUACAUGCACAGUAAUUAUUACUGUUGCUGAUGUUAAUACUGCACCGGUAUUUCUUACCCAUCCAUUCACUGUACAUAUCCCGGAAAAUAUUCCAAUUGGUUCAGAAGUCAUACAAGUGAAAGCUGAAGACGAAGAUCGACAUGACAAUGCCAAACUUACCUAUUCCAUUGACAGUAAAGAAUUUAGCAUUGAUAAGAAUGCCGGCUUGAUAGUGAUAGCUGAAGAGAUAGAUCGAGAAGAGUGUAGUAGUUAUCUGCUUAAUAUCACUGUCACCGAUCAUGCAGCUAAUCCACUCAGUGCAAGCACAUUUCUCGAAGUUAUUCUAGAUGAUGUCAAUGAUAAUGCUCCGGAAUUUACGUCUGAAAAUUACACGGUUGCAAUAGCAGAAGAUACACCAACCGGAACAUCAUUCACUCAAGUAUCAGCUAUUGAUAUAGAUGAGGGUGAUAAUGCAAUUAUUGACUAUUACCUGAUUGAAGAAAAUGGAAAUAGUGACACUUUUAAGCUAGAUAGAUCGUCUGGAACACUACGAGUAGUUAGCAAGUUGGAUCGUGAAAUGAUUGCCAGGUAUGAACUAACAGUGAAAGCACAAGAUCGUGGUAAUCCAUCGUUAUCAUCUUUUUCUAUCGUAUCAAUAGUUAUCAUUGAUGUGAACGACUAUGCACCACAAUUUGAAUCACUUCGAUAUGAUUUAUGGAUCACGGAAAAUAGUCCUAUAGGUACUACAAUUGGUACGAUUAUUGCUCGUGAUCAAGAUGAAGGUGACAAUGCGCUCAUACAAUUUCGAAUAUUUGGUGGCGUUGAUGCAAAGCUUUUCGAUAUUGAAACGGAUUCAAGCCAAAACGGUGUGGUGCAUAUACUUUCGAGAGCAAUUUUCGAUUAUGAAGCAAAAAAGAAUCAUUUUUUUCUUGAAAUCCAAGCAAGCAGUGGUCAGUUAAGUUCUAUUGUACCUGUUUAUGUUCAUGUCAGUGAUGUUAACGAUAACAGACCUCAACUUCGAGAUUUCACUAUUCUUUAUGCAAAUCAUAUUGAUGACCCUAUGGAACAAGUGAUAGGAUAUGUUCCAGCUUUUGAUCCAGAUCAUAAUGCAACCUUGGAGUAUGACAUUGAAAUAAACGAUAUUUUAAUGGUGGAUCAAUAUAAAGGUUCCAUUAUGCCGAAGAAUAUUUGGAAGCGACAUAUAAAUACUGUUUAUGAAAUCUGUGUUUCUGAUGGUCCAAAUAACGUUUGUGCCAAAUGUCGAUUCAUUUAUAUACCCAUGGAUGAUACAAUUAUUCGAGAUACGGUUACUCUUGGAUUCCCGGAUAUUCGUUAUGAAGAACUGUUGGAUAAUGAUGUAUUUGAACGAUUCACAAGUGCCAUAUCACUUUUAGAUGAUUGGCAUAGCGAUGAUAUUUGGGUAUUUAGUAUUCAUACUCAUAACAAGUACACGAAUGUAUCAUUUAUUGUUCAUCGGGGAAAUACCGUUCAAAGGUCGGAGCGUGUAGAAGGAUUAAUUAGAAACGGACUUGUCAAGCUAAGUGAUAUAACUGGCAUGAGGUUGACAAUACACAGAGAUGCUACUUGUUCUAAUGAACCAUGUCCAUACUUUCAACAAUGUAGAAACACUCAAAAAUAUGUCAAAACAACGCAGAAUUUUAAAACGGACAAUUUUUUGAUGCAUUCUUUGGAUACUGUCAAUUCGUUUCAAUGUGUAUGUCCAGCCGGAUUUACAAGUGGCGAUGGCAUUGAACAAUCCUGUAAUUAUCGUCUUGAUAUGUGUUUCACAUCACCAUGCCAACAUCAGGGUACUUGUGUAUCACUAGAAAAUGGAUAUCGUUGCGAUUGUCCACCACAAUGGACAGGCGAAAAUUGCGAGAAUUCAGUUUAUGUGGACAAUUGCUUACCUAACUUGUGCUUCUCGAAUUCUGUCUGUAAAUUAGUAAAUCGAACAGCCAAGUGUAUACAGUGUCGUUGGCAUUCUCAUGACACAGACUCACAGUGUAGACUUCGUUCAUUGUCGUUUGGAGAAGAUGGUGGUUACAUCGUGUUACCUCUACAGAUUACUCGAAUGCACUGGAAAUUGCAGUUUAGUAUAGCAACAGUGGAAUCAAAUGGUGUAAUGCUUUUUGCCGGAAAUUUGUCAUCCGAUUUUCUAGAAGUAUCACUCGAGGAUGCACUUAUUCGAGGACGGUUUUCCUUAGGUCAUGAUAUUUAUGAGGUCAGAAUGGAUGAUUGGCCAGAAAAUCGAGUAAGUGAUGGGAAAUGGCAUCAAAUAACACUUGAUUAUUAUGAUAAUAAAUUGAUCAUAUCACUGGAUAAUUGCGAUGCUCAUAUUUCCAUGAAAUAUAGUAAUGUCACCGGUUAUCAGAAAUGUGCCGCUGAGGUCAUUGCAAAAUUACCGAAAAAAUGUGAAGAUCCAGCCGUAAGUUGUUAUCGAUUCUUCGAUCUUCCUGCUGCUAUAAAUCUUGGCGGUCGAACAGUAACUAUUGCUGAACAGAAUUAUAUUAGUGGAAUUGAUGGUAAUCAGUAUAGUUCAGCAAGAAUUCAGGAACCAUUCAUCGGAUGUAUCUCAAAUCUAACUUUUGAUGAAACAAUCGUGGAUUUUUCAAAAUUUGAAGAAUUUGAAAAAUUUGGAAACUUACAACCUGGCUGCAAACAAAAAAGAAAUGAUUGUCACAGUAAUCCUUGUCAUCAUACUGCAAUUUGUGAGCCAGCAUGGGAUGGAUAUCAUUGCCGUUGUAAAGGAACAACACAUACAAAUGGACCUUGCACUGAUAAUGAAGAUUCAUUUGUUUCACUGUAUGAUGAAGAAUCGUUCGUCUUCUGGAAUGUACCAGAUGGUAUGAAAUUCCACAAUUUGUCAUUUGAAUUUCGGACACGUUCACGUGCAACACAAGUUAUUGCGGUUGAAUUUUCUAAAAGAUCACAAUUCAUUAUUUUCUCGGUAAGUCACGGCAAAGGAUUGAUAAGCAUUGGUCCUGAACAGUAUUUGUUAUCAUUUCCAAAUUUUGCUGACGGUAAUUUGAAAAGUCUUUCAAUUGUUGUCGAAAAAUAUUUUACGCUUGUCGUCAUCGAUCACUUAUACAAAAAGCGUAUUGUUUUGCAAAAUAAUGGUUUAUAUCGUGACAUACGCAAAAUUUAUUCGGGAUUAGCACCAUCAACUAGUUAUCCACAGCGUUUUGAAGGAUGCCUUCGGAACGUUAAAAUCAAUGAUCUACGGUUGAAAUUAGCUGAAAAUAUGAUGACAAAGCCUGGUUGUCAAGUACCAAACGGAUGUAAUUCACCAAAAGCCUGUCCUCCUAACAGUAUUUGUGUUCGUGAAUGGGACCGGCAUCGUUGCGAAUGCAACCCAGGUUUCAUUGGUGAUGGAUGCGUCAAUAUUUGUUCAUUACCGAAUUUAUGUGGUAAAAAAGGCAUAUGUCAUACAAAAAAUAAUUCGAAAGGAUAUAAAUGCAUCUGCAGUGAAGAAUUAAGUGGACAGAAUUGUGAACGUAAAAGAGCGUUGCAAAUAUGUCCAAAAGGAUGGUAUGGUACUUUCCCGAAAUGUAAACAAUGCUCCUGUGAUACUGAAAGAGGUUUCCUAGAGCAGUGCAAUACUAAAACGGGCGAAUGCUAUUGCAAGAGUGGCACCUAUUAUUCGGGUGAUGAAUGCGUAUCCUGUGAAUGUGGUUAUGGUUCCUCAGACUUAACUUGUACCUCGAAAGGUCAAUGUCAAUGUAUGGGUGAGGCAGUCGGUCGUCGAUGUGAUCGAUGUUCUGGUUCAGAUCAAGUUCUAGAUCGAAAAACUUUGAAAUGUUUGAAAAUUAGAAAUAGAUGUCCAUCAAACAUUGAGUAUGGCAUUCAGUGGCCAACGACAAUUGUUGGAGCAACUGCAAGACAAAGUUGUCCAAAUGGUGAAGUAGGUUUGGUUAUACGGAAAUGCUUGAAAAGUGCCUACUGGGAUCAGAUCAACAGUUAUAACUGUACUCAUCCUGCCUUCACUAAGUUAAAUUUUACUGAUCGGACGAAACUUGUACAAACUUUAUCAAAUGUGACAAGCAGCAUACUGCAUUUGAAAGGUGUCAAUGUUGCUAUUGUGAGAAAAGUAGUAAAACAAUUGAUCAGGGAUGAACUUACUGGAAAUAAUUCACCCAAUAGUCAUUUAAGGUCAGCUGAUUAUACCAAUAACUUAUUGAAAAUGGGGGACAGUUUAUUAAAAAUAAAAGAUUACCCAAAUAAUGCGCACUUAAUUCGCCUAUUCAACGAUUAUGGUGUCCAUGUAGCGAAUUUGCAUCAAAUUCAUCCUUAUCUCAAACCAUUUAUGUUUUCCGGACAAAAUAUGGUAUUCGCAGUAGAUGAGAUCUCUGCAGAUGGAAGUCGAAUAUUGCCGAAAUUCAAAAAUUUUGUGGACGAACGUACGGAGAAUUUUCGUAGUAUACAGAUGAAGCUUCUAUGUGAAGAUACAAUAGCUUAUCCGAGAAAAAUCACAUUUUACAGUAUGUUCAACAAUGUGGAUCGUUUUCACUGCAACGCACCAAUCGUUGCCGUUUAUUACAAUGCCACAUGUGCAAUUCAAGUACUGUUUCCGGUUAGCGAAGAAGCUUGGAGAUAUCCAGAAUGUGUGAUUGUAGAAAAUCCGGCAAAAGAAGACGAACUGUCUAGAACUAACGAUUGGGCAGAUGGAGAUAUAGAUGCGGGAAAUGUAUUUCUUGACUGGUCUGCAAAAAGAGCGACACUUGUAGGACUUAAUCGUACCCAUGCUAUUUGUAAUUUCGAAAGAUCCGGUGUUUACACAGUUAUUAUUCGGCCAGAUCAUGGAGCUCUAAUUCGUUUUAUACCUUCAAAAACCAUACCUUAUUCUGGAUCAUUAUGCAUGAUAUUUGCUCUUGUGUUACUUCUACUAUCAGCAGUCCGAAGUCUUUAUCGGCCUUGUCUACGUCUGAGACUUCUUCGAUUUGGCUUCAUUCUUAUGUUUGUACUCGAUGUGGUCGCUAUUUUCCUAAUUCAUCGCCUUCAACCAAGCAUUGUAUUUUGCCUUGCACGGAAUACAAUUAUAAGCUUAUGCACUUCAGCAGUAUUUGCAUGGCUUUUUAUGUAUUCUUUUCACAUUUAUCGACUUCUGGCAACAGGAAAGACAGAGUCGAAUUACUGGAUGAUAAUACUAUGCUCAGUAAUUAUUCCAAUACUGUUAUCACUAACAUCGUUCUUCCUUGCUCCAGGAUGUUUACUUUCACCAAACCAGCCUUUCUUCUGGGUUCUCCUGAUUCCUGUUGCACUUUAUAUUUUGUUUGAUUUCUAUGCGUUUUCGACAGCUCUUCUGAUAUCUUUUAGCAAACAAUUUGACUGUAUGGUCACUGAGUAUUCCAUCCGAACAACACUUUGGUUACACAUUAUUCUGUCUAUGUUAUGCGCAUUCUAUAAUUCUUUUGGUCUUUAUAUACUAUUCGAUCAUGCCGACAAUCCACUUUAUGAAAUUGCGCUCAAUUCGACAUUGGUUUUUGUCGCUACCUAUAUUUUUCUAUGGACAAAUUAUUUUGGUCCAAAGCGGAAUGCUCGUUAUGAUAACGGUUUAUGGAUGAAUAAUUUGCCGAAAAGUGCGGACGAAGUUUUGGGUCCUCAAUGUCAAACUCCGCUCUUGUUGCAGUCAUCGAAUACAGAUGCGGAACUAAGUGGAAACUGUGUUAAUGGAUGGAUGCCAGAUAUCAUACCUUCAACAACAUAUAUACAGCAGGAAUCAAUCCACGAUGUACCACAUCCAAAAAUUUUAAGUCCACCAAUGAAAAUACUCCAUCAUGAAGCAUAUGGUAGUGCAGAAGGAAUUGCUUUGCUUUAUCAGGAUAACUGUCCAACUAGUGAUAUCGAUCAUAUUUAUGGUACCACUUCUGGCAAACAUCAUUAUCCAUCCUUUACUUUUACUCAUUAA